AUGUGCUGGAAUCUCUGCGCACGCACCAUUUACUCCAGGCCGGUCAUCCCUUGCCGUGUCGCCGCCGUCAACUUUUUCGCGGACCCUAACACCGACGAGGUCUUCCUCAAGAUUCUUCUCCUUCCUGUCACCGAUGGAUCCGCUCAGGAUUUUCUUUCACCUGCCGUCGCCGCCGAAGGCAGCGGCAACGGCAAUGGCGACGAUGAAAAGGUUGAGUCGUACGCCAAGAUUCUCACGCGGUCCGAUGCGAACAAUGGCGGAGGGUUUUCGGUGCCGAGAUUCUGUGCGGACUUGAUCUUCCCGCCGUUGAACUUUGAAGAGGACCCGCCGGUGCAGACGCUUCGCAUAACCGACCUCCACGGCGCCGUUUGGGAGUUUCGCCACAUCUACCGAGGGACGCCGAGACGGCACCUCUUCACUUCUGGCUGGAGCAAGUUCGUUAACAGCAAGAAGAUUAUCUCUGGCGAUACUGUGGUCUUCAUGAAGGACUCCGAUGGCAGGAUGUUUGUCGGAAUCCGUCGCAAUAUGUCACCGGACGACGGUAUCUCAGACGGCGGAUUGGAUUGGUUAUCAAAGAUCGUUGGGAUGGACGAGGGGGAAAAGGAAAAAGAAGAGGAAGAUGAAGAGGUGAUGAUGGAAGGGUUUGCAAGAAACGGGAAGGGGAGGGUGAGUUCGGCUUCAGUGGCGGAGGCGAUGGAGCUGGCGGCCCAGAACAAGCCGUUCGAAGUUGUUUACUAUCCAAGCGUGGGUUGGGGGGAGUUUGUGGUAAAGGCAGAGGAUGUAGACGUGAAGAUGAACGGUAUUCUCUGCAGUGUUGGGAUGAGAGUGAAGAUGGCUAGAGAGAACUACGAUUCUUCACGGAUGACUUGGUUUCAGGGAACAGUUUCUGGUGUUACUAUUCCCGGUGAAGCUCAACCAUGGAGCGGUUCUCCUUGGCGCAUGCUUCAGAUUACAUGGGAUGAAUCUGAAAUCUUGAAGAAUGUAAGUCCCGUUAGUCCAUGGCAGGUGGAGUUUCUUUCUGGCACACCUUCACUUCCUCAAGUAUUUCCCCCAACAAAAAAGUUCAGAACUGCAGACGGUUCUAAAAUUUUCAGUCAUGAAGUGGAAGAAUCCUCCUUUUCCAUGACAAGACUUGCUAUUCCUGAUUUAGCAAUGGGAGUGCUGAAUCAAACAUUGUUGAUGAGUAGUUAUGGCACCCCUUUUCCUGCUAGCAUUCAGGGAGCCAGGCAUCCUCUACUUUCUGCACCUACUUGUCCCAUUUUUCCGAUUAAUCCUCCUCUGUCUAUUGCUAACUCCUUUGAGAAUAACAUUAGACCAAGGUUAAAUGCUAUGUUGACACUCAUAAACCUGAAAGCUUAUCUCCACAUAACAAGUCUAGAGUCCUACACAUAUAGACUAAAGGCCGCGACUCAACAGUCUCAGCAAAGUGGAGAGGACCUUACCAAUGGCUCUGUAGCUUCAAUUGUUGAUUCCGAUGCGGAUUGGCGUGAGACCGCCUCAGCGCCGUACAAGAACUACAUAUACAGGAUGGGGUUGUUCUUCGCUAGCAGCCUCCGUACCUCCAUGUUGAGGCCGUCGUUAGGCUCCACCACCAGUCGAGCCCAAGGAAAGCGUGGAUUUGAUGCUGCAGGUACAGGAGCUCCAACGCAGCCUUCAGCACCAGGCUCAGGAAUUUAA